UUUAAAAACCAGCUGUUGUUCCGCGUUCUCCCAUUUCCCUCAUUUCUUUAGAUAACCUAAAAAAAGCCAACGUUGAGCGUUAAAUUAAAUUAAAAUUUCUGUAUAUUUUAAUUAUUUUUAAACAAAAAAAUACUUAAAAAUGCCAAAAGCAAAGAAAACUGAAAGCACCUCAGACAGUGAUUCUGGUCCAGAUGAUAAAGCACCACCACCACCAGCAAAGAAAUCAAAAGGCGAACCAGCCGCCGCCAAACCAGAUGCCGGUGAAGGCAAAAAUUUCUGGACCCUCGAGAAACUGCGAAGAGUGAGCAUCAGUGAAUUCCGUGGCCGCAAGUCAAUCGAUAUUCGUGAAUUCUACCACAAAGAUGGUAAAACAUUGCCCGGCAAAAAAGGUAUCGCCUUAUCACUCGCUCAGUGGCAAAAGUUGUUGGAAGUUGCUGAACUGGUUACUAAAGCUGCCAAGGAGGAGUAAUAAAUAAAAGACUAUUUUCUUUUUUGUAUCUAAUGUUAAGUUUUUUCUUACUUUGUCGAAGUCAAAACAGAAAAAUUAAAAAAAUAAACAAAUUAAUUAGUUUAGAUUAA